CGAUGAGAUACAAUAUAAACAGAAUGAGUAUUAAAUAUGAAUAUAGAAUAUGAACGAUCAGUUAUGUACAUAAAGUGUGGGAGUGCAAAUAACAAUAUUGUGAAGUUAUUGCUAUACAUUUCUACUCAUUCCAAGCUGGAAAAGAUCUUGUUCUACAGUAUAAGGCGAUUUCUUUUCACAAGUGUUCGGCGGAAAAAAGAAAAGAAAAAAGUGAAAUAAAUUAAUAAUCUUAUAUUUACAUUAAAAUGAUCUUAUAAUAGAAAUAAUAGAUGAAUAUUACAAGACUCUUAUAUUUCUAAUCAUUUUCACACAGGUGUCUUUUUUUUUUCAACAUUACAGAAAGUGGAAAAGAUUUUAUCACAGCACUAAAACAGCAGGUUUAUGAAAAGCGAGAGCUGUUGGUGAAUUUCAGCCCCAUAGGCACGUCUUAAAACAAUGAUUUUUGGUAUUGUGCUAAAAUGUUGGUUAUUUGAAAGAGCCAGGCAUCAAAGUGAGUGCUUAUGUAUUUACUUACGGCUUCUCUAACCCUCUUUGUGUCAUGUCCUCAAUCUUCUUACCCACUGUGCUGUGUGCAGGACUCCAGCAGAAGUGACUUAUAGAAGCAAACUCAACCACAUUUCAAUCAUUAUCUACUAAUAUAAUAAUAUAAUCAUCGCCCUGAUGUUUAUCCGAAUGUAUGUACACCUAAGACCAGGAUUUACACUUCAGGAAUUCAGUUCAUGUUAUGGAAUUGUGGUGGUUUUCAUGAUCUGUGUCCAGAAAUGGUAGAGCAGUGGUAGCUCAGUGGGGAAGCUGUUGGUCUGAUUGGAAGGUCAUGAGUUUGAAUCCCAGGUACACCAAUCUGCCAGUCUUGAGUCCCUGAGCAAAUGCAAGCUGCUCUGGAUAAGGACAUCUGCCAAAAUGCUGUAAAUGUAAGAAAUUGCCUAACUAUGAGAGGCAGGAACUGUUAUAAAUUGUGAAUAUAAAUGAAUAAAACAAGAGAAUAAGAACCGAAUCUGUCUGGAAGAGUAAAAACCUUUGCCUGGACGUCUCGUUUUGAGGUUAAUCGUGUUACCCAAACCGUUCAGCUGCAUUAGCUCUGAGAAACACAGCUCACCUGACACCCACAGCUCUUAAGACUCACGUGUGCUCGUGUCUAUCCGUUCCUCUUUAGAGGAGUUCUUAACGGGAUCAGGAGCAGGGUCGGGAGAGGGCACGGUGACAGAGGCAGGGCUGAUCGAGUGAGAGAGACGUGAGAGGUUCAAGAGAAAGAAAAGUUCAAGUGUUAGAGCAGACAGAGAGUCUGACAAGCAGAGGCACCGAUGGAAAACAUGGAAGAGAAGGAGUGUAUGAUAGUGAGCCAGCAGGCGAGCUCUUCACCAUUCCUCAAGGCUUUUUACCUAAAGAUGCCACUGAGUGUGCCGAGUCCUGUACGCCAGAGACGCCACACGCUUCCCGCCAGCGAGUUCCGCAACCUCACACCACAGGACGCCAUCAGUGUGUUCGAGAUCGAGAGAGAAGCUUUCAUCUCUGUGUCAGGAGAGUGUCCGCUCACGUUGGACGAGGUGCUUAACUUCUUAGGCCAAUGUCCUGAGCUGUCCAUGGGCUGGUUUGAGGAAGGACAGCUGGUGGGCUUCAUUAUUGGGUCUGGCUGGGAUAAAGAAAAGCUAGCACAGGAAGCUCUGACACGUCACAUUCCCAACACGUCUACCGUCCACAUCCACGUGCUGUCUGUACACCGUCACUGUCGUCAGCAGGGUAAAGGCUCCAUUCUGCUGUGGCGUUACCUGCAGUACCUCCGUUGUAUUCCGGGUCUACGCAGAACCCUGCUCGUUUGUGAGAAGUUCCUCAUGCCUUUCUACGAGAAGGCUGGCUUUAAGGAGAAAGGGCCUUCAGCGAUCACAGUAGGAGCUCUGAGGUUCAGAGAGAUGGAGUAUACACUCGCAGGCCUGGCCUACGCACGGCGAAAUAGCAACUGCUGAAGAAGUGGACUGGUUGUUUUUACACUGAAGGACACAGCUCUCAGAUUUUUCAUGAUCGACGUCACCUCGAAGUGCACUUUAUUAAACCAGAGACUGAAAUCAUUCCAAACUGUACAGAAUCUUCAACAUGACACCAAAUGAUGGGUAAAUGAAGUGAUGUGACUGUAUCACUGUACAGUCUGGUGUUCAGUGGUUGCUUGUGUCGCUUGUGUUCAAUAUGACUGCUAUGUCUAAGGGUCACCAAGUCUUUUUAGUUGUGGUUGAUUCACGAUGCGUUCACACCAGCGACCGAGAAAAAGGAGAGGUGAUGAGUUGUUUUCUUUAUUAAUGUGACGGCGACAAAGCGACAGCAUGACACACCAGCUGAACUUCAUUCUAGAAUUAGGAAAGAUGUGCCACGGCAAACUCGAUCCAUUCCCUCAAUCACAUUCCUUUACAUAAAAUGCAUUUAAAUUCUAUCAGCUUUAGCUCCCACCUGUAAUUAUCUCCUGUACUGCCGGACCUGUGUAUACAGACACGUUUACAAACAAAUGAAAGAUGGCUAACAAAAGUAGCAACGAUCCUGUUUGUUCUGGAGAAGGUCUGUAGCUAAUAACUCGUGCUGCUAAUCUGCUAAAAUCAACACACAUGAUUUUUAUACUUUAAGUUUUAUGUACUGAAUUUGUAUAACUGCAUUAUUAACAAUGCUAAUUUACGCUAAUAAAGAUGAGCAAACACCUAGCUAAUUUUGCACAGUUUUUACUUUAAUAAAUUGGCAGAAUUCAUUCUAGAGACAAAUAAAUUGUAGACAACAGUAGACUUUGUGCUGUAGGCUACAUUUUGGCUGCUACACUUCCUUUAUCUGAGCUUUAAAAAAAAUGUUAGAGGUUACAUGAGCAUAAGCGCUAAACUACAUGUGAAACCAGUGACUCGUCGCUCGCGAGUGCGCAUGAGGAACACGAAUCAUCCGCAGUCACUGAAUCAUAAUUUAAUGAACGAAUUAUUUAUUUAUUUCUUAAUUUUGCAAGUGAAAUAUUCAGCUGUAUUAUGUGUGAUUGGUCAUGAAACUGGGAAACUGACAUGAACAUCACUAGUUUUCAACAGUUAUCUACCAAACCCCGCCCCCACCCCACCCCCCGCCCGGAGAGCAAUGAAGUUCAUCCGUCCGUCCGUCUGUCCAUUCAUCUAUCUGUCUGUCUCUCUGUCCGUCUAUCUAUCUGUCCACCCGUCUGUCUGUCCAUCUGUCUCUGUUCAUCCGUCUGUCUGUUCAUGCAUCCAUCCGUCUGCCUGUCCGUCCGUCAGUCUGUCCAUUCGUCCAUCUGACUGUCUACUGUAUUAUGACUAUUUAAUAAUAUAUUGCCUAAAACCUGUAAUAAAACCUUUAUAGCACA